AGACUGUGAACUAAAGUGUGAUAUUUUCACAUCAUCCAUACACAGACACACUUGAAGUAGAAAUGGUUGCAAACCUCCUUCCAGGCAUUUGGAUCCUUAUGUCUUUAUCAGGUAUUUUGGCUGCUGAUUGGAUGGUCCGUGUCCCUAAAGACCCAGUCUAUGCUUAUGUCAAGUCAUCUGUCGUUCUGCCUUGCACCUUUGACUACCCCGAGAGGUCAGAUCAGGGAACAGCACUCACAGUUUUAUCAAAGAUGUGGUGUUUAAAUCAAAGCCACUGCAUUACUCCAAGAUAUGUGUACCACAGUGAAGGAAUAUUCCCUGAACUCUCAUACCAGGGCCGGGUGAAGUUCCUAGGACAGAAGGGGAGUAAAAACUGCUCUCUAGAGAUAUCUGAUCUGAGGUCAGAGGACAGUGGCGUGUACGUCUUUCGAUUCAUCACAAAUCACACAAAAGAGAAACUCCCGGGACAGAAAGGAGUGACACUUCAUGUCAUCCUCUUAGCAGCUGCAUCUUCAUCGUCAUCACUUGCUAUUAUAAUUGUGUUUGGAGUUAUUUUCAUCUUCACAAUAUCUGGCAUUCUAAUAUGCAUUAAAUGCAGGGCAAGGAGAUCGAUGUCAAGAUCACUUUAAACAAUACACAGCUCCAUUCACUUACCACAGAGGAUUAAUAAAAAGAUCAGAGAGUAUUAUGGGAUCAACACACAUCUGUAUGAAUGGUUCUGCUUUUCCUCGUUGCUUAUUUUAUCAAUAUUUUAUGUCUUGAACAUUAUUUAUCUAUUUAAUGUUUAUCUUCUGCACAUAACAGUAUAAUCCCACUUUGAUAUAUUGUUAGUUCUGGUAUUGUUUAUUCUGUUUGGUAUUAUUUUUACGCAAGCAAUAAGGUACAAGAGGUUGUGCUAUAUUUUGAAUAUAGUCACAGCUGACUGGCAUUAUUAGCCAGCGAAAGACAAAUGAAAAGUAUGAUGCAAGAUGAUAAACUUUUUUAAUUGAAUAUAUAUAAAAAAUUAGGUCUUCAAGUUUAAUUUCCGUACCAUACCUGCAUACCUUUUGUUUUCAGCAUAAAUCUAAUAAACACAUUAUUAACUGUACAUGUAGGUUUACUGUAUUUGCUAGGGGAGUAAUAAAAAUGUUUAAAACAUAAAAAUGUUUCCAAUGUGAUCUGAGACUUUUCACCAUGUAUACAUGCAGUCAAACUAAGAUUUUUUUCAGACACCUUCAACUUGGAUAGCAGGUUCAGGUGUGUUUCAUUAAGGUUGGAGGCAGUAACGGCCGGUGCCGUCUUUUUUCAAGGGCGCUCGAUGCGAAGUUCAUCACAACAUGUAUGUAGCCCGUCAUGUGUGUGCUUCCUUUUUUCAAAAUAUGUGUUCUGCGCGUCAAGAGAUCGUGUGUGCAAAACAGCCGUCUUUAAACCUCUCUCACUGUACGACAGGACCACCGAUUAAGAUCCACGAUCACAGAAAUCGCCACUACUGUUUCACGAUGGCAAUCUUUUGUCUGGGACAGCCAAAAAUUGUGCAGUGUAUCCCGGGCUUUAGACUGUCUCACAAAUAUAUUACAGUAGAUUAUAUAGCUGUAAAAUGUAAGUACACAAUUAGAUAAUACCGAUUUGAGUCAACCAGUUACAAAGCAAUGCUUAAUUUUGUUCAGUCUGUGGUGUAACGCCCCAUUCAGACAGCCGGCGACCAGCAGUAGCAGAGCGACGCGAUCUCAUUCA